AUGGGCGCCGGUGCCAUCUACGGCUUCAUCGAGGCGGAUGCGGGUCAGAGAGUGGUGUCCUUUUGCGGGCCCUGUGCUGCCACACGUUUGGCCACUGCAUCUUCAGGCUUCUUGCCCGGGCUGUCCUUCGAAAACCUGAGAGCAGCCUCAGCCCAGCUGGCAUGGACCAGGGAGCCUCCUGUGGCGCCGGGAUUGCUUGACCAAGAGGCAUUGCAAGAGGCCGUGACCACAGCUGCGCCUCAGCUGCUGCCAGCCGAUGGAUCAUGGCUCAGGUAUUUCUGCUGGAUGACCGCUGGGCAUGCUCUGGAAGGUGUGGACCGCCUUGUCUCUGAGGCAGCGCGUCCAGAGUCUGCCGACUUAGCUGCAGCGGCUUCUGUGUGGGCGGCUGCACUCGGUCGAGAGGCUCUUGCGAACUUCCUGGAGAGGCUUUCCGCCAGAUGCGAAGCAUCACAGCUGUCUGCUGCGUUGCGGCCAGCCCUUCGCAUCCGUCGCGCAGGACGGGAGCGGGAGACCGAUGAAGAGCAGCUGUUCACCCACAUCUUUGAUGGUCAUGUGGCAGGUGUCAUUUUGGACUUGGCUGCCGGCGCAGAUGCGGAGGCGCCAGGGCCCGCCAUCCAUCGAGGCGACGUUGGUUGCUGCAGGUGGACUCCGCUGGCGGCUGCUGCAGAGAUUUCAGGUCGACGCAAGCAAGGUGCAGUUAUUGCGGGCCUGCUCUUGGCCGCAAAGGCAAAUGUAGACCGGAAAUGUCCGGGGCCCUGUGGAUGGACUCCGCUGAUGCGCGCGGCGGGAUGCGGAGCAAGUGCUGCAACAACGCUGCAGCUUCUCAUGCGAGCCGGUGCCGAUGUUCGGAUUCGGCAUGAAAAUGGGAAUACUGCCCUGGAGAUGGGCGACAAGGCGACUGCUCGCAUCAUCCGUGAGGCACGGGAUGCCCGUACACUUGCUGCCGAGUUGGCUUUGCAAGCUGCCCCAGACAGUCGGCAAAGUGAUCCCCGAGGCCUGAUGGCCGCCAAGACUGGAAAGUGUUAUGGGAACUAG